AUUUUUAUGGUGGGCUUAGGUUAAACCCAGCCUCGCAGAGACAAAUAACUGUUAAUUCGUCAGUUGUUAAAUACUGUCCGAAUUUUCUUGCUCAACUCUACUCUCAACUCUACUUGUUCCAUUUUCUUCCACUCUCACUGCAUCACACGAUCAAAUGAACCGUACCUGAGAAUACGACCAACCCUUUCCUCCAUCCCAUUGCCACCAUUUUCCCGAUCAACGGAAGCGGCGAUGGAGCCUGAUGUGAGCAUCGAGAGCGGGUGCAUGCUCCGAAUUGCAGUCCUGCCGAUCGGUACGGUCCCGCAGGCACAGUUGAGGGAUUAUGUGUCGAUGCUGGUCCGCCACCGGAAGGUCGAACUCUCCGCCAUUAGCUCCUUCUACACAGAGCACCAGAAGAGCCCCUUCGCAAACCAACCAUGGGACACCGGCAGCCUCCGCUUCAAGUUCAUGGUCGGUGGGUCCCCUCCUAGUCCCUGGGAGGAUUUCCAGUCGAAUCGUAAAAUUCUGGCCGUCAUUGGCAUCUGCCACUGCCCAUCUUCGCCUGAUCUCGACGUCGUCGCAGAUCAGUUCUCUAUAGUUUGCAAGAACUACACUUCGGCCGUCGUCCAGCGCUGCUUCGCAUUUUCCCCUGGCGAUGCUCAGCUAGAGGAUGGUGGCAAAAGGGGGGACAACUUAAUAUUGUUUCCUCCUGCUGAUCGUCAAACUCUGGAGUUCCACUUACUGACAAUGAUGCAAGAUAUUGCUGCGUCAUUGCUGAUGGAAUUUGAAAAGUGGGUUCUUCGUGCAGAAUCUGCUGGAACUAUUGUGAAGACACCACUAGAUUCUCAAGCCAGUCUUAGCUCAGAGGAGGUCAUUAAGGCUAAAAAACGGAGGCUUGGCCGUGCGCAAAAGACAAUAGGGGAUUAUUGCUUGCUGGCAGGCUCACCUGUAGAUGCCAAUGCUCAUUACUCUACAGCACUAGAACUUGCCAGGUUGACAGGGGAUUAUUUCUGGUAUGCUGGUGCUCUGGAGGGUAGUGUAUGUGCCUUACUGAUAGACCGGAUGGGCCAAAAGGAUCCAGCUCUAGAGGAGGAGGUGAAGUAUCGUUACACUAGUGUGAUCCUUCAUUACAAAAAAUCUAUUCAAGACAAUGCUCAAAGAGUUUCACCCUUAAGCUUUGAGCUUGAAGCUACUUUAAAAUUAGCUAGAUUUCUUUGCAGACGAGAACUUGCUAAGGAGGUAGUGGAUUUGCUGAUGACUGCUGCAGAUGGUGCCAAAUAUUUGAUUGAUGCCAGUGACCGGCUGAUAUUAUAUGUUGAAGUGGCUCGUUUGUUUGGGACCCUUGGUUAUCAGCGCAAGGCUGCCUUUUUUUCAAGGCAGGUUGCUCAGUUAUAUUUGCAGCAAGAGAAUAACUUGGCUGCUAUCAGUGCAAUGCAAGUUUUGGCAAUGACCACAAAAGCAUACCGGGUUCAAAGUAGAGCAACCAACUCAAGGUUGCUUUCUUUAUCCAAUGAAACUGGAUCAAAUCUUGCUGAUGGUGGAAAAAUGCAGCUUCAAUCAGUUGUUUCAUUAUUUGAGUCUCAGUGGAGCACCCUGCAGAUGGUUGUACUGAGAGAAAUAUUGCAGGCUUCUAUUCGUGCUGGAGAUCCUCUUGCUGCAUGGAGUGCAGCAGCUCGUCUACUUAGAUCUUAUUACCCUCUUAUCACUCCUGCUGGUCAAAGUGGACUUGCAAGUGCCCUUGCAACUUCAGCAGAGCGGCUUCCUUCAGGAACUCGCUGUGCUGAUCCUUCCUUACCUUUCAUAAGGUUGCAUUCCUUUCCUGUCCAUCCCUCACAAAUGGACAUUGUAAAACGUAAUCUGGGGAGAGAAGAAUGGUGGGUAGGCUCUGCCCCUUCAGGACCUUUUAUUUAUACGCCUUUUAGCAAAGGGGAGCCAAAUGAUGGUAGCAAGCAGGAGUUGAUAUGGGUUGUUGGAGAACCUGUUGAAGUUUUGGUGGAAUUGGCAAAUCCCUGUGGCUUUGACUUAAUGGUUGAUAGUAUUUAUCUUUCAGUCCAGUCUGGAAAUUUUGAUGCUUUUCCCAUAAGCGUGAGUCUUCCACCUAAUUCAGCAAAAAUAAUCAGUUUAUCAGGGAUUCCAACUUCAGUGGGUCCAAUCACAAUUCCUGGAUGCAUUGUUCAUUGUUUUGGUGUUAUUACUCGACAUCUUUUCAAGGACGUUGAUAAUUUACUCCUUGGUGCAGCACAAGGACUUGUGCUUUCUGAUCCUUUCCGUUGUUGUGGUUCUGCUAAGUUAAAAAAUGUAUCUGUUCCAAAUAUUUCUGUGGUGCCCUCUUUGCCUUUGCUAGUGUCGCAUGUUAUAGGAGGUGAUGGUGCUUCCAUCUUGUAUGAAGGUGAAAUCCGUGAUGUAUGGAUAAGUUUGGCAAAUGCAGGAUCUGUGCCAGUUGAGCAAGCACAUGUUUCAUUAUCAGGCAAAAAUCAAGAUUCUGUUAUUUCAAUUUCAUAUGAGACACUAAAAUCAGCCCUUCCUUUGAAGCCAGGUGCAGAAGUGACACUCCCAGUGACAUUGAAAGCCUGGCAGCUUGGCUUGGUGGAUCCUGACAAUACUGCUGGUAAGAGUAUCUCUGGAGGUGCAGGGAGAGUAUCAAAGGAUGGAAACAGCCCCAUGCUAGUUAUUCACUAUUCAGGGCCAUUGGAAUAUCCUGGCAAAACCUCAACAAAUGGCUCUGUUUUGCCCCCUGGCAGGCGUUUGGUUGUUCCAUUGCACAUCUGUGUUCAGCAGGGAUUGUCAUUUAUAAAGGCUCGUUUACUUUCUAUGGAAAUUCCUGCUCAUAUUAGUGAAAAUUUUCCACAACCAGUUUAUCUUCGGAAUAAUUCUGCAGAGGAAGGUAUCAUUUCUGAAAGUAAGACAGAGAGAUUGGUAAAGAUUGAUCCAUACAGAGGAAGCUGGGGUCUUCACCUUCUUGAACUUGAGCUAUCUAAUCCAACUGAUGUUGUAUUUGAGAUAAGUGUUUCUGUCCAGCUAGAAAGUGCAAAGGAUGAGGACAUUUCAACCUUUAUCGAUCAUGAUGCUGCUGACUUUGGUUACCCUAAAACCAGAAUUGAUAGGGAUUACUCUGCGAGGGUACUGAUUCCACUGGAGCAUUUUAAGCUACCUAUUCUUGAUGGAUCUGUUUUUGCAAAGGAUUCUCAUGCAGAUGGGUCUUUCAGUAACAGAAGUUCAAGUUUCACAGAGAAGAAUACCAAGGCUGAAUUGAAUACUUCUAUCAAGAACUUGGUUUCUAGAAUAAAGGUGAGAUGGCAAUCUGGGCGGAACAGCUCUGGAGAAUUGAGUAUUAAGGACGCAAUUCAAGCAGCUCUGCAAACAUCAGUGAUGGAUAUCCUACUGCCAGAUCCAUUAACCUUUGGCUUUAGGCUUUCCGAAAAUGGCAGUCAACAAGUGGCAAUGCUUGAUUCAUCAAAAGAAUCUGAUAUUCCAGUUAGCUCUUCAGUGUCUAAAGGUUCUGUCCUAGCACAUGAGAUGAUUCCUAUGGAAGUUCUUGUUCGCAAUAACACAAAAGAAAUUAUCAGGAUGAGUCUUAGUAUUACUUGUAGAGAUGUGGCAGGGGAAAAUUGCAUCGAGGGUAGCAAAUCUACUGUUUUAUGGGCUGGUGUGUUGAGUGAGAUCCAGGUGGAGGUGUCUCCACUUCAAGAAAUUAAGCAUUCCUUUUCUCUGUAUUUCCUGUUGCCCGGUGAGUACACACUUGCAGCUGCUGCUGUUAUCAAUGAUGCCAAUGAUGUCCUUAGGGCUCGUGCAAGAACUGAUUCACCUGAUGAGCCCAUCUUCUGUUGUGGGCCCCCUUUCCAUAUCCGUGUAAUUGGGAGUGCAUGAUCAGUUUUGCAAUCUCAUCAUUGUUCAAGCUGAUAUUGUAUCAGAGAGUGGUUAAGCCAAAGAGGUAGCUACCACUGGACCCGGAAACCCAGGAUCAAAGAAGUGAUGCCAUCAUGCCAUAAGUAUGAACGCACCACCCUUCCAAUGAAUUUGGCUUUGCUAUAUAUUCUUUGAGCAUAUACAAUUUGAGGUUUUCCAGAUUUGUGUAUUAUCGGUGGUAAGAAAUUCUCUGCUACUGAAUUGAAUGUGUUUCCUGUUUGGUAAUUGCAAAAUUUAUCAAAAAGAAAUAUUGUAGCUGGUGUUAGUACUAUGGUAGUUCACAACUUAACAUGUUGUAAUAUUAAUUAUUUUACAAUAUUUUUAUAGUUGUUAUGUUAUUAAUCUUUGUUAACUUUA